AAGUGACCAAGGAAGUUGCGUUGACAUAACAGUGGCACGUUGUCAAGGAAGCUGCCUACGACAAACUAUUUGUCACUAGUUGAUGUUUUUCCUAAAAGCUGUUUAUUCGUAGCUACCUGAAUAGUCUCGCCUGUCUUGACUUUAACGCACAGCCGGAAAUGUUCUCUACGGCUUUUGUUCACGGCGCGAACCCUCAUUGCUGACCGAGCCACCAUUUUUUCCACCCUGAAAGUAAUACAGUAGUUAGUUUUUGUUUGGAAAUGAGAACAACGUUAUUGGUGUUAGUUGUCGUGGUGUGUUCUUGCUGCUGCUCAUUGGUCAGUGGAACACUCUCGAAAACGGAUUUGAAGAGAGCUCAGAAAGCUGAGCGUGAAAAUGAGGCAUCCCCAGCAUCAGAGUCGGUGUUGGAGAGAGGACUGGUGGCAAAAGCAGUUAACUGGAAGGAUGUCGUGAAGGAGGAGAAAAGAUAUUGUGAUCAGAUCCAGAGGACUUUUAAAGGAGAAGUACUUGGUUAUGUUACACCUUGGAAUUCCCACGGGUAUGACAUUGCCAAGCUGUUUGGCCCCAAACUGACAUCAGUGUCUCCGGUGUGGCUUCAACUUCGCCGGCGAGGGCGCGAGCGCUUUGAGGUCACGGGGCUUCACGACCAUGACACAGGCUGGGUCAAAGCGGUGCGCAAGUCGAACAAAAAAGUGAAAAUCGUGCCGAGGCUACUGUUUGACGGCUGGUCCUAUCAGGACUACAUGAGCGUGCUGGCCAGCGAAGAUGAGAUUGAGGAGCUGGGAAUUGAGCUGGUAAAGGUUGCGAAGUCGGAGGGAUUUGACGGUUACACUUUGGAGCUGUGGAGCCAGCUGGGAGGCAACAAAAGAAAGGAACUGGUGCACUUGGUAACGCAUACAUGUGAGACCUUGAAGGCUAACCUAUUAGAUUGCAUCCUCGUCAUUCCUCCUGCCGUGACGAGUACCGGGCAGCAUGGCAUGUUUGGGAGGGAGGAGUUUGAGCAACUGGCUCCAAUGGUGGACGGAUUCAGUCUCAUGACGUACGACUACUCCAGUGGUGCCAAACCAGGCCCGAGUUCCCCCGUGUCCUGGGUGAGUGACUGCGUCCUCCAGCUGGCCCCCAAGAAAGAAUGGAGAUCCAAAAUUCUGCUUGGACUCAAUUUGUACGGCCUAGACUUUUCAAAUGAGCAAAGCGAACCCAUCCUUGGGAGAAGGUACAUCGAAAUUUUGCGGGAACAUAAGCCAAAAAUCCUCUGGGAUGACUAUAAUGCCGAGCAUUACUUCACCUACAAGAGGAGCAACGGAGUGAAACGUGUGGUGUACUACCCAUCAUUGAAGUCAGUGCACAUGAGGGUUGCUGUGGCGGAAAAACUGGGGACUGGCAUCUCCUUAUGGGAACUGGGACAGGGUCUGGACUACUUCUAUGACCUCUUUUGAGUCAUCAGCACACAGAUUUUUCACCUGAUAUUUCUCAUAUUUUUUUGCAUGAGAGAGUCUUAAAUUGCUGUUUAGGUCUGGUUGGUUUGAAAGUGACAUGAACUCUUCCAUUGAGCCACUGAAGGGAUUUAAUUUUUCAUUGUGACAAAGAAAAGGUACUUUUGGUCCGUUUUCUGUGUCCUAACUGCAAAUAAAUCAAUCAUGUUUGUUUCGCGGGAAAAAUCAA